AUGGCCGAAACUUUUAACAAUUACAUCAUGCAUGCUAGAUCAAAACAUUUGAUUGAUAUGCUUGAUGAUAUUCGAACAAUGCUAAUGAAGAGGAUAGCUACAAAGAGGGAGGAGUGUGCAAGCAAGUGGAGUGGAUUAUUAUGUCCGAAAGUACAAGUUUUGUUGGAUAAAGAGAAAGAAGAGGUAUCUAAUUGCACUGUUCUACUGUCUACUGCUACAGUAUUCCAAGUUGCUCAUCACAUUGACGUAUUAGAGGUGGACAUAGAAAGAAGAACAUGUACGUGCAUGAAAUGGGAUCUUAAAUGGAUUCCUUGUUGUCAUGUUGUUGCCUCAAUUAGUUACCUACAUAAAGACGUCGAGUUAUUUGUGGAUGAAUGUAACACCAAAGAUGCAUACACAAGGGCUUAUACAGGUAGCAUAGCUCCUUACUUUGGAGAACGUCAUUGGCCUAAAAUUGAUAUGUCCAUCGAUCCACCCCCAUCAAAAUUGGUCUAG